UAGCACUUUUUAUUCAGACAUUUCCAAUGUUUGCAAAGGUAAAGUUGCCAACUUUAUCUACCAUUUUUAAAAAUUGAAAACUGAAACACAGAGGGCUUAAGUGACUGGACAAAGGCUGGGGCAAAUCAACGGCGAGGUGGAAUAUAACCGCAGUUUAAUGAUUCUCGCUACCGUGUCUUGUCCACUGGAUCAAGCUGUGUCCAGAUUCGUCAUUCUGCCUUUACAUUGCUGAAACUGAGAUCAGAAUUUGGCUUCCUCUAUACAGCUACUAUAGGUCACUAAUUAUAGGAAUUCAGGGAAACUUUCUCUUCCAGACCGAGAAACUAUCUAAUCAUACACAAAGCCAUUUAAAAGAAUGAAUCAAACAGUUGUGGAACCUGAACAUACAAAACUUCACAGAAAACAAAAGAAAGCGAAAUUAAAAUGAAUGCCAAACAGUUUAUACUUUUUCGUAUGAAUUAUGGAGUUUAUAUUUGUCAAAUGAGUUACGAUUCUAACUUUCUGUUUCACGAGAUCAAUUUAGUUGUAGUUCUGCUGCCGAGAUUGAAAGUGCCGCUGUUGGCCAAGGCGGUGCAGGAGCUGCUGCUGGAGAUCCAUAGGAGCCCCCUGCAGUGCGAUUGCUCGGUAACACAGCGCAGCUCCGAGAGGAAACAAGGCAGAGGAAAGCUCUCACACACUUGUUGGGAAAAGAAAUCCUCUCCUGGACUUGUGGUAUGUUACAAGGCAGAGAAGUUCAUUUUGUUUACAUGGAAGUGACUAGUCUGGAAAACCUUUCAGUGUAACAGGAAUUUAAAACAAAGAAUUUAUUCAGACCAGACAGGCAUACCAGAGAGCAUAUCGGAGAGUGACUGAGAUGGAAACCAGGCACAGAAAGCCGAGCCGGGCAGUCACACGGCAGGUACUGUUGUUUCCCUUCUGAUUCUCUUUGUUCUGCUGGGCGGUCUCGGAGCAGAUUCGUUUUUCGAUUCCGGAGGAAAUGGCCACAGGUUCCCUUGUGGGGAAUCUCGCCAACGAUUUGGGGUUGGAUGUCAGAAAAUUGCAGCAGCGAAAGCUCUGCGUCAGUUAGGAAAAGCCAUACUUCAGUGUGAAUGGGGAAAAUGGCAACCUGUAUGUGAACGGCAGGCUAGACGGCGAGGAAAUAUGUAGAGAAACACCCUUCUGUGUCCUGAGGUUGGUUGAAAAUCCUUUAAAUAUUUAUCAUGUGAACAUCGAAAUCCAGGACAUUAAUGAUAAUGCCCCGCGGUUCAAAAGAAACAGCGUUCAUUUAUCGGUACUAUCAGGCGCGGGAUUCCCAGUAGAAUCUGCACAAGAUCCAGAUGCUGGAAUCAACUUGCUGCAGAGUUACCAGCUCAGUAAAACCCCGCAUUUUAUCCUUUCCGUGAAGGAGACCCCAGAUGGCAUUAAGCAUGAGGAAAUAAUUUUAGAAAAACCUUUGGAUAGGGAGCAACAAAGUUCUCAUCACUUGAUCCUGGCGGCUGUGGACAGGGGAGAUCCAUUUAGAACGGGGACAGUUACGAUUAACUUUAAAAUUUCUGACGCCAGUGACAAUCCUCCAAUAUUCACUGAAGAGACGUACAAGGUCAGCCUGAGGGAAAAUCUACCAAAAGGCUCCUUCCUUCUUCGGGUGAAAGCCAUGGAUAAGGAUGAAGGAUUGAAUGCGAAGAUCGCCUACACCUUCAGCGACAUUCAAGACACAGGGCGCCAAUUAUUCAAAGUAGACCCAGAGAAAGGAGACACUACAAGCAAGGACCCCGUCAAUAUCACAAUCACAGCCCCAGACAAAGGCUCUCCCCCCCCCUCCACCCAGAAAACCAUCCUGUUGCAGAUUUCGGGUAUCAAUGACAACGCUCCUGUCUUUCAGAAACCUUCCUACACCGCCUAUGCGCCAGAGAACAAUUCCUCGGGAGCCUCUAUUUUCAGUGUAAAAGCCUCAGACCGGGAUCUGGACCUGAACGCCCCAGUCACUUACUCCAUCCUGAGCAGAAGCAUCAAGGAGGUGCCUGUCUCCUCCUACAUGUCCAUUAACUCCCAGACCGGAGCGAUCUAUGCGCAGCGCUCCUUCGACUACGAGCAAUUCCGGGAGUUUGAGAUGCAAGUGAAGGCCCAAGACGGCAGGUCCCCGCCUCUCAGCAGCAAUGUCACCGUCAGGGUGUUUAUUGUGGAUCAGAAUGAUAACACCCCUCGCAUCCUGUACCCUUCCUUCGGAGCCGAUGGCUCCGCUUUGUUCGACAUGGUCCCUCGCUCGGCCAAGGCAGGUUAUCUGGUGACUAAGGUGGUGGCGGUGGAUGCUGACUCGGGACACAAUGCCUGGCUCUCCUACCACCUGCUCCAGGCCACGGACCCGUCGCUCUUCAGCAUGGGGCUUUACAGCAAGGAGAUCCGGACAGCCCGCGCCUUUGCGGACAGCGAUGCUGUGAAGCACAGGCUGGUUACCCUGGUGAAGGACAACGGACAGCCGCCUCUGUCCGCCACAGUGACUCUCAACCUGGUGUUUGCCGAGAACUUCCAAGAGGCUCUUCCGGAAAUGAGCGACCAAUCGGGUGACUCGGCAUCUCAGUCUGAUUUACAGUUUUACUUGGUGUUGGCUUUAGCCUCGAUCUCAUUUUUGUUCCUCCUGACAGUUGCACUGGCUAUUGUGAUGAAAUGUGCAAGGUCGAUGAAUCUUCCAGUUUUGCGAUGUUUUGGUUCUGAUCAUUUUUCCAAGUCGGGUCCCGGACUGCCCAGGAGCUACUGCGAUGGGACUUUAUCAUAUAGCUAUAACCAAUGUUUAGCUGCAGACUCUGGCAUAAUGGCAUUUAGUCUCCUAAAAUCAAAUGGUCAGAAUUUCAUAGAAGAGGAUAUUCUUUGCAGAGACAACUCUGAAAUGCUACCUAUGAGCAGUAAAUCUGCGCCUGGAGACCCAAAGUCCGAGGCCAACACACUCCAUGAGGUGAGAGUCUGUCGUGAUGCGCUAGUGUGUCUGCCUGUGUUUUGAAACAGUUUUAAUUCUAGUCAAAAUUAGAUCUCUUGGACCUUUUUAGUAAUACACUAUUUACUAUACGUGUUGCUUGACUAAUUAGUUUAUGAAUACAUAUAUUGAAUAUGAAUAUAUUUUCCAUAAUGAAGCUUGCGUUCCAUAAAGAAUCUUUUUUUUAAAGUUAUUUCAUGUUCUGGUACUAGGU